AGCAGAUGUGAUUCUGUCCAUCUAAGCAUUAUAGUUGGCUGCAGGCAUAGAUAACACUGCAAUUUCCUAUAUACAACAGGAAAAUUUAUGAUGAGUCUACAAAUUAAGAAAGCUGAGGCAAACAAGGAAAAGUCCACCAAUGAACUGGGUUUGAAGCAAUCUAGAAAAGAUUUCUAAGAAAUUAUAUGAUGGGUUUUACUGGGGUUUUAGGGGGAGUAGAGGUUUUUUUUUUUUGGUUGAUUGAUCUUUUAGUCAUUUUUGUGACCAUUCUUGUUAAUGUCUGUAACUUACUGGAACAUGUUUUCUUUUUGUGUGUCCAUCAGCAACUUUGAAUCCUCAUUGAUGUAUGAAGUUUCCGAGCAACAGUGCAGUGGCACUGAAAGUUCAGGAAGCAGUUUGGGGAGCUCAGUCACAGCCUGUAAAAAGGUCCUUUGCAGUAAUAGUCUAUUGGAAUCAACAGACUACUGGCUUCAGAACCAGAGGACCCCGUGCCAAAUCGGAUUUGUGGAAGACAAGUCCGAAAAUUGUGCAUCCGUUUGCUUUGUGAACUUAGAUGUCACCAAAGAAGAUUGCAGUAAUGAGCACCUACGACAGAAGUUGAUCAAUGUGUCACCAGAUCUCCCAAAGCUUAUCAAUUCUAUGAAUGUCCAACAACCAAAGGAAAAUGAAAUUGUCCUUCUGAGUGGAUUAUCUUCAGGAAAUCUCCAUACUGACUUUGAAGUUUCUAAGUAUCCUUGGCUGCCAGACAUAUGUUUGGUUCAGUGUGCAAGGGGGAACAGACAAAACAGUACCAAUUGUAUCAUCUUUGAAAUCAACAAAUUUCUGAUUGGUCUUGAGCUGGUACAGGAGAGGCAACUACAUCUGGAAACCAAUGUUUUCAAGCUGGAAGAUGACACCAACUGCUCUGUGUCAUCAAUAGAAGAGGACUUCCUCACAGCAUCAGAGCACUUAGAGGAUGAAAGUGAGGUGGAUGAAUACAAAAAUGGUUACGAAAAUGCAAAUAUCUCAGUCAAUGUUUCAGAAAGUAAAAAGUCCAAAGUUGCUACACAAGGGGAUCUGAAUUGUAAAAAGGGCAAAUUACGUUAUGCUUUUGAAGAAAAUUAUAUUUGCAAAGAUAAUGCCAUUUCACAUAAAUCUCCAAGGUAUCUGGAAGGAACAUUGAGGAAAGCAGCAGAAAUUAUUUUGCCAAGUACAGACCAAUUGACUCAGCAACUGAAACAGAAAGGUGACAUUUCUGGGGAAGAGGGACCAGUCACUAGCAAUUUUGUAGAAAACUCUAAAGGUUCAGUGGAAAGUUUUCAUGCCUUGCAGGCUCUGGAUAAGAGACAUUUGGAUAGAAUGGUUAAGGAAGAACUAAUAUCUGUAUGUGAUACCAUCUUAAAACAAAAUGGAAGCCCAGAUCCUGAAGAGAAUCUGAAGAAAAAAGAACAAUCUCAUCCUCAUGUACAAGAUGAAGGCAAAACAACUGGCGAAUAUGCAACAAACCUGGCAGAAUCUGUCCUGCAAGAUGCAUUUAUUAGGCUGUCCCAGUCUCAACCAACAUGUCCUAUGAAAGCUGUGGCAAAUAUCUCUACUGAAAAGGCUUUGGUUUCAGAAAGCUGCACUGCAGAAGAUCUAGAGCUUCCCAGGUCAUGGCAGGAACUUCCAAAAAUAGUCAUUGUUCAGAGUCCAGACAGUGGUGAAGCUGUAUCUGAAUGGCCUGGGACCAAUUCUCCAAAUCUCAACCACUGGACACAAUCUGAUCCCUCAGCUGAAAUUUCAGGUGACCUUCAGGAAGAGAAGUUCACCAAACCUCCCCAAAGUGCUCUAGAAGUAGCUCUAGCUUGUGCUGCUACUGUCAUUGGAACUAUUUCCAGUCCUCAGGCCACUGAAAGAUUCAGAUUAGAGCAAGAAACCACAGUGUCUAAUGGUCAAAUGCUAGGGAAUGAAGAGCUUCAAAGACAAGCCUCCCAAGUACUUCAGGACACCACAAGCAUGGAAUAUUCAUUUCCAUCAGCAUUGUGUGGGAUGACACAGGUGGCCAGUGCCGUUGCUGUCUGUGGCCUUGGAGAAACACAAGAAGAUAAAUAUCCUGUGGCAUCAAGUGGCCUCUUGUCUGCAGCAGAAGCCUCAGCAGCUGUCACCCUCCAUGAUAGCAUAGCCAUGGGCAGUAACAUGGAGACCUUGAAUAAAAGCAUUGCAGAAGCCCUUCUCAAGGAAGUGUCCAUGGUUCUGACCAAGCCUAAUGCCUACAGCAGCACUGGAAACUUCAUGGAGUCAAUGAACAGAAGGAUUAUUGAAACCGUGGCCAGGCCUCAAAUCUCUUGCUCAGACAAAAUCCUUGAGGAUAAACUAGCAGAGGAUUUAUCCAAUGUUAUCCUGAAACACUCACUUGAAGAAGCUAACCGAAAAAAGAAAAUGAUUGACCCUGAGGCCCCUGGGGAUCCGGACAAGGAUACCCAGGACAUCCUUGUGGAGACUGUAAAUGAGCUGCUUUUCAAUGCGAUAUAUUUCACUUUUAAGAAGAUGAGCAACAUCACACAGCUCAGUGAGCAUCCCCCCAUCUUUUCUAAGGAGAACAACAGAUGGAGAGGAACAGAAAUAGACCAUCAACUAACAGAGACAGCAGCUAGUCAAACAGCCCCAAGAGCUCCUGACUACUCUAACAGCAGCACAAUUAAUAAUCCAUACAAUGCCGGUGCUGUCAAAGAGCUUGUAGAUGUCACAUAUCCAAAGAUGGAUAAUAAUAGCAGAAGAAUGCCAAACAUUUCUGAAAGCCCCAUGCGUCAAUCAGAAUUGCCUUUUAAUAACAAUGUCCAUAAUUCGUUGGCUGCAAAAACAUCUCCUAAGAAAAGAUAUCCAAAACAAAUCACUGGAGAUUAUUCUAAUCAGAGGCUCAGUCACAAUAGGAAUGGACUCAGAUCCCUUUCAGAUCCGUUACCAGGCAGUGGGAUGCAAGAAUUGAUGUGUGCUGAAUCCACCAUCAACCCAGACACCCGAGAAAGAGGCAAGCAUGACAGUCUCCUCAGUAGUGAAGCUCAAGCUAAUCUGAUUCCACUGGCGAGCAACAAUUUGCUCCCAUCCCAGCCUAUGCUACAAGUUAAACAUUCAACAGAUAACUACUGUGUGAUAGACUUUGCUGAAGAAUUAGCAGAAACUGUUGUCUCCAUGGCAACAGAAAUAGCUGCAAUCUGCCUGGACAAUUCCAAUGGAAAGCAACCCUGGUUUUGUGCCUGGAAAAGGGGAAAUGAAUAUCUGAUGGCACCAAGCUUGUCCUGCCGAAACCUGAAAAGAAAGAAGGAAACCCAGGCCAGUGGAUCCAUUGUAAGGAAGCAUAAGCCCCCUCGACUGAGUGAGAUAAAAAGGAAAACUGAUGAGCACCCUGAACUCAAAGAGAGGCUAAUGAACAGGGUCGUGGAUGAGUCUGUAAAUCUCGAUGAUGUCCCAGACUCCGUCAACAUCUUUGCGAAUGAAGUAGCUGCCAAAAUUAUGAACCUGACAGAGUUUUCCAUGGUAGAUGGAAUCUGGCAAGCUCAGAAUCAUCCUCGAAACAGGUUACUAGGGGAAAGGUUGAAUCGUGUGAAAGCAUCUAGCUGCGAAAGCAUCCCAGAAGAGGAUUCGGAUUCCCGAGGAUUUGUAAACAGCCUGGGUUUAAUGAAUACCUUGAGUCAGCCAGUUAGCAGAGCCAGCUCUGUCUCCAAACAGUCCAGCUGUGAGAGCAUUACAGAUGAGUUCUCCAGGUUCAUGGUGAAUCAAAUGGAAAAUGAAGGGAGGGGAUUCGAUUUACUGCUGGAUUACUAUGCUGGCAGGAAUGCGAGUACCAUCCUGACCUCAGCACUUCAGCAGGUGUCACGAAAGAAUGGCCACCUUAGCGUGAAGCCCAGCUGUCCCUCGAAGCAAUCCAGCACAGAAAGCAUAACUGAAGAGUUCUAUAGGUACAUGCUAAGGGACCUCGACAGAGAGAGCAAAGAUAGCAUAUCCUCCAAUAGAAGCAGCCGAGACUGGGGCACCAGUUUGCUCCCACCUUCUCCACGGUCCCCAUUGUGCUACAGACAGUUCUCUGUGCCAGAGAACAAGUCCUCUUGUGCCAAGCUAACAGUGAGUGCUCCAGUCAAGGCAAACUCUCUGGAUGGCUUUGCUCAGAAUGUCCAGCAAGACUUCUUAAGUGUUCAACCAGUCAGCAACGUGUCUUCAUCAGGCCUUUGCAAGUCGGACUCUUGUUUAUAUCAGAGAGGAAGGACAGACCAGAUCACAAGCAUGUUAAUUCAUGAGACGUGGACAAACUCAAUUCAAGCCCUUAUGCAAAAAAAUAAAAUUAUAGCAGAUGAGACAGAAGGGACAGAUGCUGAUCCUGUUUCUAGGAGUUCUUCCUGUCACAUAAAAGGGUAUGGUAGCAGAUUAGGUGCAAGCACUGAGGAGAAUGGAAACAUUCUGCUCGUGGUUCGUCAGGAUCCUUCUGCUUGCACAAAUAAAGACUCAGUAACAGAAAACAGACACCUUCCCACUCUAGCUCCAGACCAAGCAGCUCCUCCCUCAGAACAAACACACAUAGACUUUAAAAAAGAGCAUUUCUCCAGCCAUGAUUCGGGACUAGGGAGUCACACAGAUACAUCCCUUUGUUUGAGGGAAGUACCUUUGAUUCAGAUUGAAAGUGAUCAAAGGGAUGAUCUCAUUGAAGAAUCAGAAGCCAUUCUUUCCCAAAAUAUCGGCACCGGGGAAGCAAAAGACGACAACAUGAACAAAGAAAAAGACCCUGAAAUGGACAGUGGCAGAAACACAGCUGCAAGCUCCAUCACAAACAACAGUGCUGACCUUAAUACUGAAAAUGCUCCUGACCUUGAAAUGCCAGUGGAAGUCCGAGCCCCCGAGGAGUCCCUGAACCCUCACAGCAGCAGUGAUGAGAGCACAGGCAGCUGGUCACAGCUGGUCAAUGACGAGUAUAACCCUGAUGACACAAGUAGCUAUUUGCAGCUCAGUGAGAGAUCCAUGAGCAAUGGCAACAGUAGUACCACUAGCAGUCUUGGCAUUAUGGAUCUGGAAAUUUAUCAGGAAAACAUGCCCUCUUCUCCCAUGAUUAAUGAACUAGUAGAAGAAAAGGAAUGCCUUAAAGAACCAUCAGAAAAGAUAGAAGAAUGUACUUCUAAACUGUCUAUGGGAACAGCCAGCUGCCAAAGGAACCUCUUGGUGAUAAACUUUGAUCUGGAACCUGAGUGUCCUGAUACAGAACUUCGUGCCACACUGCAAUGGAUAGCAGCCUCAGAACUUGGAAUUUCUACCAUCUACUUUAAGAAAUCUCAGGAAAACAGAAUUGAAAAGUUCCUGGAUGUUGUGCAGCUAGUUCAUCAGAAAGCCUGGAAAGUGGGUGACAUAUUUCAUGCAGUGGUCCAAUAUUGCAAGCUGCAUGAGGAGAGAAAGGAGCUGAAACCAAGCCUCUUUGAUUGGCUCCUGGAGUUGGGAUAAAGCAGCUGUCCCUAUAAAGUCUUUUCAUCUUUUAUUCUAGCUAAGUUACAGUGGUUUGUGCAAUGCUAUAAGUUUUUCCAUAAUAUUAGCAGAAUUGUUUAAAAAAUAUGUUCCUAAAGUUUGUUACACACAGAUAUACUCAAAAGAAUAAAGAAAUAAAAUUUAAAAGUUUUUAUUCAUCAUUAGAACCUGUGGGCGAGUUUUGAUAUAUUGUGCUUUAGAACAUACUGUAUCAAAAGGGAAUCUCUUCUAUAUAUAGAUGCAUAUAUAGAUGCAUAUAUCUAUAUGUAAGCUUGUGAAUAGGCUUGAACCAAAUGAAGAUUGCUGUGGCUACAUAUUUUUAUAAUAAAAUAUCAUGUGGAAUAUAUUUACAUGAGUCAACUGAAAAUUAAUAUUGGUCAAAAAAAUUCUGUAAACAAUGUUAUCAAUUUCAUGUAACCUUUAGAUGGUAGUUAUUCAAAAAAUAACCAAAUCACAGGAAUGAAUGCUUAAGAAAUGAUGGCAAAAAUCCUAGGUUCCAAUUAGCCUCAAAAGGCAGCUAGAUGCCAUAGUGGGUAGAGCAUUAGGCCUAGAAUCAGGAAGAUUCAUCUUCCUGAAUUCAAAUCUGGGCAAAUCACUUCAGACUGUUCGCCUCAGUUUCUUCACCUGGAAAAUGAAAUGACAGAAUCUUUGCCAAGAAAGCCCCAAAUGGAGUUACACAAAGUCAAAUAUGCCUGAAACAAAUGAAUAACAAAAUUAGGCCCAAAAUAUUCUCUUUCAGAUUUAUCUCAGUAGACCUGACCCAAAAUAUUUCCAAUGCUUACACCGAAAUACUUCUGUUUCUUUAGUGUAAUCUACUAACGAUUGCUGCCCUUCCUCUAAAGCAUUAUAAUUACAAAAUCAUAAUUUCUCUAAUUAUAAAAAUACUAAUCUUUCAGGGUAAAAUAUUGACUCCUCUAAAUAACUUGACAUUCUAAUUGAAUAAUCUGAAAAUGUUUUAAGGAACUCACCUCAGAGCUUCAUUUUAUUUUGACCUCUGAACUUAGUGACUCAUUUUGAAAUGAAUGAUUUGGGAAACUAUGCUAUAUCAUAUUGCUUCCAAAAUAUUUAUGUGACUGGAGUAACAUCAUAUGCUAACAAUGACAUGACCAAAUUAUAGCACACACUCAUUCAUUCAUCUGACUUUGCCAAAAAAAAAGACUAGCAAUGAAUUUGGGAUUAAAAAAAAAAUUCUUGUCAUCUUUAGAAAGUUUAGAAAACAGAUUUGCUAUCAUGGAAAGCAACAGUGAUGAUCUUCCCACAGUAGUGUUAUUAUACAACAAGACAGCUGUCUCUGCUCCAUCAAUAUAAAGCAAAAUAUUCCUUAUAUUUUAUGUUCAUGCUCAAAGUUUCUCAAAAAAAUUCUUAAAAUAUUCUCCUUUAUACUAAAUAUGUUUUGCAGAGUCUGAAAUUUCUGAAUUUGCUGAUAUUGAAAUUUAAAAUAAAGGAUGAAAAAAGAGGCCUAUAAUCAAAAUUAUCACCACAAGAUCUAUUUCUAUCCAAUCCCAUUUUGAAAUGGCCAAAAAAGAUUCCCUGUCUGCCAUUCUUUCUCCAAAGCAUCUUCUCCUUGGCUAAACAAGCAUUGAAGGCCCAUCCAAUGGUCCCCAAUGAUUUUUCAGGGGUCUUCAAACUUUUUAAAUAGGGGGCCAGUUCACUGUCCCUCAGACUGUUGGAGGGCCGGACUAUAGUAAAAACAAAAACUUUGUUUUGUGGGCCUUUAAAUAAAGAAACUUCAUAGCCCUGGGUGAGGGGGCCCAUGAGCCAUAGUUUGAGGACCCCUGAUUUAGAUCAUGGAAUUCACAUUAUGUCCAAAGUUCAACUCAAAAUUAAACCAAACAUAUUUUGUCCAAAUCAAAAGUAUUUUGUCAUGUGAAACACAAACAGUUGUUUUUAUUUUUCAGACUAACUCUUGAUAAUUGUAUGUAGCCUUUAUUGUGAUAGAAUAAAUGUUUACUUAUCUUACAAAGCACAAAUUACAUGACUGGACUGUAAAAGUGUGAUGCUGUUAAAUAUGUUGUACUUAAUGUUGCAAAUUAAUCAGAAAUAAAUUUAAGUUACAGAA